AUGGCACCUACAAAGUCCUUAAAGUUUCAUGCUGGCAAAGUUCAAUACGACGAAGAGACGAAUCGAUGCACGCCAUUACCAUAUAAGGGAGUAAUCUCAAUAAAACCCAGUAUAGAAGAUCCCGAGUUUCUAGAUUUCACAUGGACACCAAAACAAGACCAAACGCAACAGCUUAACCAACUCAAUUUCCCCAGUACCCAUCCAUCGUCCUCAUCAUCAUUAUCUCAAGUUAAUGGUUCUACUGCAGUGGAAAAGGAUGAAUUAUUGUUAAUGCCAGGAGAUGUAACUAUUAGGGUCAUCAAAUCAUGUAAUACGGGCAGGGUGUUUGCAUUGACGUUUAUGUCCAGCGGUGCCAAGUAUCUCUAUUGGUUGCAGGAUGUAGGAGAUAUCGAUCAUUUGAACAAAUUCACUGAAAAGGAUAAUAAGAUAAUACAGCAGAUCUCCGACCUUGUAACCGUUAACGAGGAUGAGGAUGAUGAGGAUGAUAACAAUGACGAUGAGCAGCAACGGAAGCCAGGAGAUAUUGAAAUGGGCGAACCUAUCAAAACACAAGAGAUGAAAAAGAAUGAGCUGGAUUCAACCCAGUCACAGUCACAGUCACAAAUCAAAACACCAAUAGGUUCAAUAUCAUCGGUAUUGGAUAUCCCUACAAUUGAAGCUCAUUUAUCCAAAUUGUCCACUAAAGAGUUGAAAGAAAAGUAUUUUGAUUAUUUACCUCCUUCAAUCGCAUCAAAUCCAACAAAGGACCAGAUAAUCAAUGAUGUUAUAAGAAGUGGGUUUUACCAGCAAUGUGAACAGAAAUUAAGUCAACUGUUAACUGGAGGUAAUGGUGCUGGAUAUCUUUUAGCGCAAAGUUUGAAAUACGAUUACCAAGGUGAAGGAAUUGAGAAUUUUUUGAAUGGUAUUAGAGAUGUAGCUGAAAAAGAGAAGAAGGAGAAGGAGGAAAAGUAG